AUGCAGUCCAGCUCCAAAGCGGCCGGCGGUAAUGGCGACGAGAAGCACUUGGUUUGCGUGACCGGGGCGGGGAGCUACAUCGGCUCUUGGGUGGUGAAGGAGCUCCUCCUCCGUGGCUACCACGUCAGGGGAACCGCCAGGGAUCCCUCUGACCGCAAGAAUGCGCACUUGCUGGCGCUGGAUGGCGCCCAGGAGAGGCUCACCCUGUGCCGUGCCAAUGUGCUUCACUACGACGGCCUCUGCGACGUGUUCCAAGGAUGUCACGGCGUCUUCCACGUCGCCUCCCGGGUCUCCAACGAUCCCGAGCUCGUGCCGACGGCCGUGGAGGGAACGAUGAACGUGAUCAACGCGGCGGCGGACGCGGGCGUGCGGCGUGUGGUGUUCACUUCAUCCUACGGCGCCGUGCACAUGGACCCCAACCGGAGCCCCGACAUCGUCCUCGACGAGUCGUGCUGGAGCGACUAUGACUACUGCAAACAAACCGGCAACCUGUACUGCUGCGCCAAGAUGAUGGCGGAGGUCGCGGCGACGGAGGAGGCGGCUAGGAGGGGACUGGAGCUGGCCGUGGUUGUGCCGGCCGUGACGAUCGGUCCCUCCCUACAGCAGACACUCAACUAA